AUGAAGCGUUGUUGGGUGCUGGGUUUGGCGGCAGGUAUCGCCGUCUUUCUGUGCGUGCUGUUGAUGACGAAGCUUCGGUAUAUUUCCGAAAAGCCUGUGGCGUCGAAAGAAAUCAGCACGCCUACAGCAGCCCUCACGCGUUCACAGAGGCUGCAGGCGCUCCGCGACGACCUCGCGGGAUUUCAGACCCGAAUCCAAUCCGGCUUCGAAGCCGUUGCGUUCGUGGAGCAUGACACUGCUCUGCGUCUGCAUCUGGUAGUGAAGCUGCACAAGGCACAGAUCAAAUACAAGAUGGCCCCAGUGCGGUUGAAGAAAAAACCGGAGGGCAGCGGCAGCUUGGUUGCCAACGCGAAAGUGGAGCUCGAAGUGACGAAGGUGGGUACUAGAAGCGGGCCCGAAAAAACCCUUCUGUUUUUCGAGCUCACCGAUGUCAACCUCCUCUACUACGACGAGCCAGAGCUGUUGAAACGCUUUCACUUUCUCCAGCGUCAGCACGGAUGUGGUGCGGUCGUGGCGACCGACGACCGCGCUCUGCUCGCCAGCAGUCGCGCGCUCGCGGAUCCAGGCGCGCUUCUGUGUCGCGACGCAGUGCAAUUUUUGUUCCGCCGCCGGCCAAGCUCAGAGGAGGAGGAGGACGAGGAGGAGGGACCACCAACGUCGUCACCCGUUGCAGCAGCUACCCUGCGGUCUAAAUCAGCUUUCCCCGCCACUGCCACUGCCACGUCCACGCCCACUGGCAUGGCGAAGCAAAAAGUCAUCGAAAGGGAGGAGGAGACCCGUGCAUACGGAGCACAGUUUCGGGGACCACCCUUCCAAUACCAACGCGGGUUCACCCGGGAGGACACGUCCGAAAGCGCGUUGUUUACGGAUUGGGUGUGGGAGACCCCCUCCGACAUCUACCUAGGGGGAGAAGCGCCCGAAGAUGCGGCGCUCGCCGCCCUGCUGUCCAUUCCCCUGCUAUUCCUGCUCUGUUUGGUCCGAUGUUUCUCCAGGAUGGAGUCUGCUCUCCUUUCAGAAGACGACAGCGAAGAUGCAGUUCUCCCUUCUUCAGCGUCUUCACAGAGGACCCUCGAGCGGCCGCCGACACGACGUGCGGGCUUGAUGUUCACGACGAGGACCUCCAAGCUGCACGAUAGUUAUGCAAAAGUCGGAGCUGCAUCCGAGGAGGUACAGGAGGAUGAUUCUGCGCUCAUGAUGGGCGACUACCAGACCAAGUCAACAUCCACCUCCACGCCAGGAAAAACAAAUCAGAGUGAACAAGGUCAGCUUGUUGUCCAGUGGGAUCAGGCAAGUGUUACGGACGUAUGCGCGCUCGAAAACGAAACCGAGGACGAUGCGUGGAGGAUCAAAAGACGCCCGCGACCACCACUAUCAACCUGCCGAAUCUGGCUCACGGUUGUUCUGUUGGCUCUCUGGUGCUGCGUAGCGUACACUACCGCACGUGCUUGCGGUUGGCUUGCUCACUCGCUGGUUGCCUGGAUGCCACAAAAGGUGCACUGGGGUGCCAAGGAUCUGCUUCAGUUUAUUUGCGGUCCGCCCCCAAAGGCUGGCCCGGCAGCGUUCACGCGAAAAAGUGGUCCGUCCUUGUGUGGGGCAGAAAGCGCGGCAGUCAUACGCGAUUGGGAGGACCUCGCUGUCUACAAUCUUAGCUUGCUUUUUCUCUGGUAUGUCUUUGUGGAGAAACUGUUUACCUACACUACUUGCAAUGGACGUUUGUUGGCCAGCAUAUUUGUCUGGUAAGAUAAAGUGCACGCAGGUGGCGGGAUCGAUCGGUCAUUUUGGAAAUAAACUUCUUGGCCCCAUCAUCGGAAAUCGCAAUGCGCAACUAAGUCGCAUGAAAAGCACAGGAUAGAAUGAAUGAGCAGCGGACGUGUGAAACGCCUUAACAAAAAAAUGCCCUCGGGGAGAGAAGCCG